UGUUUCUGUGGUUAGCAUGCUCUGCUAAGAAAACGCUGUUUUUAAAGGGAAACCAAGGUUGUUGAGGUCUGUGGUGGCACAGCAGGUUGAAGGUUGCUGCUGGUUGCAGGGCCCUGUGGAGCAGAAGAGCUGUGCCAUUCCCCCUUUUUUCCUCUCAUGUCCCCCCCUGUGUGUUUCCCUGUGUGUUAGUGACCCUGCAUCCCCACUCAACCCCAACCUGAUCCCUCGUCUUGUGUUGCCACUCCUGCCCGAAGCCCCCCUCUCACCCCAUGCUUGGGACAAAGCCAGCUCACUGCCAGCCCAAUGACUGCCUGGAUCGUCCUGCCUGUCAGCCUGUCUGCCUUCUCCAUCACAGGAAUAUGGAUAGUGUAUGCCAUGGCUGUGAUGAAUCACCAUGUUUGUCCUGUGGAGAACUGGUCUUACAAUGUAACAUGCGCAGAGGAGCUGCCCAGACCAGGCUUUCCCAAGACAUGCUGCACCAUCCAGGACAUCCCCCUCAUCAGUAAAUGUGGCUCCUUCCCUCCUGAAAGCUGCUUGUUCAGCCUCAUCGGCAAUGUUGGAGCCUUCAUGGUGGUGAUGGUGUGCCUUCUACGCUACGCCCAGGUCAUUGAGCACAGCCACCGAUGUUGGGUGAACACCAGCGCUCUGGUGUCCGGCUGCACCAACGCUGUGGGUCUAGUCAUGGUGGGAAACUUCCAGGUUGAUCACGCCAAGUCUCUUCACUAUGUUGGCGCCGGGGUAGCGUUUCCAGCAGGGCUGCUGUUUGUGUGCCUGCAGUGUGUGCUCACCUACCGGGUGGCCGUGACUGCCCUCGACUACUGGAUGGCCCAUUUCCGAGUCGCACUGGCACUGGGAGCCAUGAUCUCCCUUGUCCUCAGCGGUAUCUUCUUCAUCCACGAGAGCUUUGUCCUGCAGCACGCCGCUGCCAUCUGCGAGUGGGUCUUCACCGUGGACAUCCUGGUCUUCUACGGCACCUUCACCUACGAGUUCGGCACAGUCACCAGCGAGACCAUGAUGGCCGGCCUGCAGCAGAGCCACCACCUUGGCUCGGGGGUUAUCAUCGGCCCCAGAGCGCGGGGCUCAACGAUGGGCGGAGCCACUAAGGGUCUCAAGUCUCCUGGAGGAAGCAGCACAUCCACACAUCUCAACUGUACCCCCGAAAGCAUAGCCAUGUUGUAGCUCUGCAGCCCCACACAUCCCUGCUGAGGGGUCUCAGGGGCUCCCACUGGACGGGUAGACAGCAGAGGCAGCAUGUGGGGGGAAAAAGGAAUUCUGAUAUCUUUAACCAUCAAACCAACACCAGGUUAUCCAAUCUGUAACACUCUUUAAUUUUUAUUCCAAACAUUGGUGCAAGCCCUCUCAGUCAAAGUCACCUUCUCUGCAGGGGAGUUAAAGGAGCGUUGAAUGUGUGGAGCCAGUCCGAGUCCUGGAACCAUGAAUGUUUUUUAAGAUGGCUGUUUAUUGGGCAGUUCUUCACUAGAGUAGUUUUUUUUAUAAAUGUGCAUCACUGGUAUGCUCACAAAGUUUUUCCUCCUCCUCAGACACUCCCUCAUGAUAUACCUGACGCUUUGUGGCCCACCUGUUCUGGCCUUUUGCUUAUUACUGCACGGCACACUUUUUGGAUGAGAGAAUAACAAUUAAUGUUUGAGUUUGCGUAGUGAGUAGAAAAUACUGAAUGUUUGAGAAGUGAAUAGUCAACAGUUCUAUAUGUUUUCUAGGCUUUAAGCACAUGGCCUUUUUAUCCAAUCAGACAUCAAUUCUCUUGAUAAAGAACAUUCAUUUCACCGAGCUGGUUAAUUUGGCCACACUGAUGAAUCCUGAAGGUAUUUCAAAGAGUAUAUGUGUAUCAUGAGCCAUUUUCAUAGAGGUCAUAAUCUAUUUCACUGACACGAGAGAGGCUGCAAAAAUCUUUAUUGAUCUGUUCUGGUGUCAAAACUAGGACUGUGUGCAUCACAAUCACUUUGAGCUUGAGAGUCUGUGAAGUCAUUUCAUUACUGUCCGAACAGUUGCUCAUUCUGAUUUUGUCUUUUGAACAUUUCAUGCAACAUCAGUUUUAUUUCAUUCAUGUCUGGUGCAAUAAUUGUCAUCAAUCACCUGAAAGUUUCAGCUCCACAGGAGUAAAUAAUGCCUUUUCAGUGAGUUAGAGUUGAACACAGGGCUCAUUUUGUUCUGUUUUUCUAUUUUGAACAAGAUAUUUAAAGUGACUUAAACGUUAAAUUUAAAUCUGACCAACACUUUUAGUAAAGAACACGUCUUGUCUACACAAUGAUCUGAUUCCAGGCUGGACCCUUGGAAGCCUUAUUUGACUUUAAAGACUUUUUUGUUUUUGUUAAAGUGAUGUGAAGCCUUUUUUUAGUCGUUAUAGGGGAUGUUUUGUCUACAGGAGUUACUUGAAAGGUGAAUAUGAUGCCUGUAGACUCGUGCCAUAAACCUCAUGGCAUUGCAGGGGUGUCAGUGAAGCGUUACGACCAGAUACUACUGAGAGUUUGUCAUAUUAUGAGGUUUCUGUUUUAUGUUCUGUUGCCAAUUUCUUACAGUGAUAACUACUGCCACAAACUACCACUGCUCAAAUCAAAGCUGACUAAUGCCAACCCACAUCUGUAACACCCAGAUCCAGUUCUAGUUAGUGGGGUGUUUCUUUCACAUACACACAUACACACACACACACACACACACACACACACACACACACAGUAUUCAGGCAUCUGCAUAGUGUUCCAUUUCUGACAGUCUAACAACUGGAUGCCAGCAAUAUGUGUUUUUAAAAAGGUCACAUCACCUACCUCUUUUAUCUUUUGUGGGUUUGAUGUUUGAGGGAAAAAGCUAGAGUCCCACCAUGUUCUCCAUCUCACAGUGGUUUGAAAAAGAGUUCAAUGUGACGCUGUUUCAGCACACACAGAGAUCAGUCAGACAGAGCGGUGGAUUUACAUUUCAUGAAAGAUGUUCAAUCAUGCGUCAGGUCACUCUUUACUUUUUGUGCAGAUUUUUUUAACUUCCCUUUCUUUCUUGGGACAGCAGCAAUCCUGAUCUUGCCAAAAAAAGACUGGAAGUUUUGUUGGUUUUGUGUCUGUCAGCAGUAGGUGUAUGAGUGCACAGUUUUAGCCUUAUCCCUCGUACUGUGCCAGGGGAACUGAUUAUUUUUUGUAUUAUUUCGUGUUCAGCUGUAGCCUAUUUCACCAAACUGUAACUAUGUCACGAGGAGUGACUUCAACCGGCAGCUUGUAUGAGCCCUCACAUCGGGGUUUGAUUUAUUCUGUAACAGCAUCUACUCCGUUACACCAUGUUCACACAGGCCAAACUUUGGAGGUGUUUUCUUUUUCUUCCGUCAGAAAGCUGUCGUAUGGUAUCUCUGUUGGUAGUAGAAAAGCUGCCUGAUCCGUACAUGUCUUGAUCUCCAGCAACAACACAGAAACAGACAUCUGUAAAAAUGUAUUAGUCUCAUUCCCUGGUUUUGAAAAUGUGUAUGAGAAUGGUGAUGAAAGAGUCGGAGAAAUCCCCAAAAACAAGUCAACACAGAUGAUUUUUGUUUCCUUUUAUAAAUUCUGUAAAUAUGUUUGAUUUGUCUAUCAUUUAGGUAUUUUCAUUUGACAGAGAUUUAUAUUCAAAUAUGAAAUAAAAUGAUAAAUUAUUAGCA